AUGCUGACCCUCCGUGAAGCCACCGUCGCCGAUUCCCCGCGCAUCGGCGUCAUCGGCCGCGACUCGUUCGGGCCCACCCUCUCCCGGAUUUUAUUCCCGGCGCACUUGCACCACCUCGCCCACACCGAUGCUGCAACGGAGGAGGCCGAGUGGAGGGCUGCCCGCAACACCAGGCGGAUCAAGGACGGCAAGAAGACCUAUGUUGUUGUCGACAAGCUGGAAGAUGGCAGUGAGCAGAUUGUGGGAUACGCCCAGUGGGAGACCCCAGACUCCCUCCCACCGGCAGCCAAACCCCAGACUGCAAGCGAAACAGAGGUUGACGUGCUGCCGCCUUCGCUGGACCAGGAUGCUCUGAAAGAAAUCUUCGGGCUCAUGGAGGUGGUGACUGAACAAACACUGGGGAAAGAAGGGCACAGCCAGAUGUGGUACUUGAUGAUUCUUGGCGUGGAUCCCACUCAAAAGCGCAGAGGAAUUGGCAAGAUGCUGGUGAAGCAUGGCCUGGAGCAGGCCGCCAGGGAGAAGCGAGACGCCUUCCUGAUUGCUACCCCUGAGGGCAAGUAUCUCUACUCACUGCUCGGGUUUGAGCAAGUCGGGGAAGAGAUCGCCCUGGGUGACGUGCCGCAUUACGCGAUGCUCUGGAAGAGGCCGCGCGAGGAGGGUGAGGAGGUGUUGAACUGA